GAGUUUCCUCACUUUUUAUCUCUCACUUUGAACUAUUUUAAUUUUAACUCAAUUACGUAUAUAAAUAGAAAACUUUCAAUGUAAUUGAUAUACGUAAUGUGCAUGAAACGUGCAACAAUAAGUGCCAUUAAGUUUAUAGGUUAUGUCAUAAUUUCUUAACCUCGCACCCGGCAGUGUUGACUGUUAAUAACUGUUGCUAAUUGUCACGCAUACCUUUACGUAUUUCGUGCUUCAACCUAUUAUUAUAAUUAGUUUUCAUGAAACGAUCUUACAUGGAAAUGGAGCAUUCCAACAGCAGUGUACCUAAUAAAGUCGUUCUUGUUGAGCGGAAUGUGACUCCACAGGGUAUACCAUUACUCAAUCCAACUAUCAUUGCCAAAAAGGGCUCAAAUGACCUGGUCGAGUUAGCAAUAGAAAUACAACAGGCUGAUAAUUACGUUAAAGCCAAUGUAUGUAACAAGCUACAAAUGAUUGCACAACAGAUGAAUUUCCUUAAGAAACAAGCUGAAACUGUUCUAAAAGAGGCAAAACAAAAUUCUAUACUCAAUCAUGCUGCUUGUAACUUUAUUAAACAUCCAGGACACGUUUACCAUUUAUACCAGAGAGAAUCUGGACAGAUUUAUUUUUCUAUGCUGAGCCCAGAGGAAUGGGGUGCCUCUGGUCCACCACAUCGUCAUAAAGGCUCCUUCCGACUGGAAUAUGAUCGUUCAUGGACACCUUUAUCUGAUAUUUCGACUAAAGAUAAUGAACUUACCAUAAUUAAUAAAUUCCUUCAAGCUACUGAAACUUCCAUGUGUCCUUCUAUCAUUGACGGUAUGAUCGUGGAUUCGUGAUAUCAAGAAUGCAUCAUAUUGAUCUUCUAGUACGAAAGAAUAGAUAGACACUAAUUCUUAAUUUCCUAUUGUAUAUUUGCGCUCAUAAAUGAUCAGUUAAAUAGUAGAGAUGCAAUUAAAGAUUUAUUUUUCGUCCCAUAGGAAUUUAUUAGCGUCUUAAGGAUAAAUAAUCGAUAUUUGGACUUGAUUCAUAAUGGAUUUAGAAAUAGACGUUCUAUAUUAAAAAGUAAUUAUUACUUCAACAAUGAUAUAUUUAUUGUUAAAGAAACAGUCAUUUCUUGUAAUAUAUAUUAACAAGUGUUUCUUCAAUAAUUCACUAACAAUUUAAUGCCACAAGUGACUAUGUUUCUAUGAAGUAACCUUAGAUCAGAUCAAAAUCAAUAGCGACAAACAAAUUGAUAUGCUAAUAUAAGAUAAAUAAGCAGACUGACCAUUUUAGUAUCUUCGUGUACCAUUAGAGAUGCCUAUAGACGAUCAAUUAAAGCUUAAAAUUAUUGUAACUAUACAGAAUUAAUCACCAGGCAAAUUCUGCAUAAUCAGAAAGUAGAUAUUUUUUUUAUUUAAAGAAAAUUUAUGAAAACUUAUUCAUGCAAACAGAAUUUCCAAUUUGUUUCGCGCAUGUAUUAUGACAUUUUCCUAUUAUGUUUGAAUACUAUGAUUUUACUUACAAUAUUUAUAUGAAUUUUACUUCUGUGAAAUAAUAGCCGUGUUAUAACUCGCAAAAGUAUACUUACGUACUUUUACAUUUGCAUUAAUCGGUAACGAUUAAUUCGAUGUCACAAAUGUACAAUUCAAGGAUAGAUACUCGUUAAUUAUAGUUAGUUUUGAAUACAACUAACAUCAUUACGUAGAGAAUGUAUAAUAAAAAAAAUCAAUGUGUA